CAUACGCCGACCCACCGUUGCUUGUGGAGGGUGUACAUGGGAAAUAGGGAGGAAACUACCUUACUCGCACAGAUGGAUUUGUUGCUUUUACUUGUCAUUACUAAUUUCCCAAUCACCUUAAAAGCUGCAACGUGUGGAGAGAAGAAACACUGCUCAGACUGUCAUGAGGUGAUAGGACAUUGUCUCACUGGUUGCGAGGAUGGCUAUUUUGAUCUCAUGUGCAGUUCGCUCUGCAGCAGAGGCUGCAAGAAGAGCCUUUGUACUCUGAACGAGCGAGGUCUUCAGGUAUGUACGGAGGGUUGCAUACCAGGGUAUCAGGGCCGAAAAUGCACUGACCAAUGUGAUUCCCCAGGGGUCGGAUGUACAAAGUGUCCACACGUGUGUGAUGGCGGAUAUUGUCAGACAGAUUCAACUUGUGUUUCUGGGUGCGUUGGUUCCUAUUAUGGUUCGGACUGCAAGAACUGUUCAAGCAGAUGUAAAUCCUGCAACAGGAUUACAGGACAUUGUGAGAAGUGUUAUCCGCCUUAUGCUGGACCGUCCUGUGAACACACCUGCGGCCAUUGUUUGGAGCUCUAGUGGAUGUGACAAUGGAUGUCAGCAUGGUUGUGUACCAGGAUUUUAUGGCAAGUAUUGUGACGAGGAGUGCAGUAUUCACUGUCAGCCUAAUCCGAUUACCGUUGCAAGCAACUGUUCAGCUCCUAAAAAGACCAACAAUUGUCCAGGUGAAUGUAACAAAGUGACGGGUGCAUGUACACACGGAUGUGUCCAUGGAAGAUAUGGUUCUAACUGUUCCCUCCAAUGCAAUCCCAGAUGCCUGUAUGGUAAAUGUGGUGCUACUGGAGCCUGUGUUGAGGGCUGUUCACCUGGAUAUUAUGGAACAGACUGUGUGCCAUGUCCUGCUAAAUGUGUCAAUCAGCUGUGCAACUCCACGAAUGGACCAUGCACCAGUGGAUGUACAAAUGGGUCAUACGGAGAGUUCUGCGACCACUCAUGUCAAAGAUGCCUGGAUGGCUUGUGCCAUCAGUCGACAGGUGCGUGUACCAAAGGAUGCGAGGCUAGUUUUGGUGGCGUCAGAUGUGAACAUGACUGUGCCAAUGACUGUUCCUUAGCGGACUGUAUGACAAAGAACGUAUGUGAAACAGAAUCUACUAAUGUUUUCCUGGGUGGAACCCUAACUGCUGCACUGAUAUUUGCUUCUUGUAUCUUACUGGCAGCUCUGUUCUACUGUCGAAAGAGAAUGAACAGGAAGAGGCUUCUCCAACGCGACAGGACCUUGAGGGCAGUUCCGGUGGAUGAUAGAAACACACCUUCUCCUCAAUAUGAAACUCUACAUAUUUAUAAUGAAAUUAGCGACAACGGUACUUCCGCAGUUUUGGAGCAGCAACUCAGUGACAAAAACGAAGAUGCAAAUAUUGCCGUUCACGCCUUGGCUGACCACCCGAAGGAAAUAAAAUACUCGGAGCUCGGGUAUCAGUCAACCCCAGAAAGUAAUUUUGGAUAUUCCGUGUCAUAUUCACACUUAGUGAAUGAUGUCGUUGUUGAUGGUUCUUAUCAACAUGGUAAAUAUCUGACCCCUGUGCACGGGCAAAUGCGAUUGGCAGUUCCACAGAGACCUUUAACUAUUUGAAUAUUAAGAUAUUGUGCAGAAUCGUGUUAUCAGAAAAGUAUGUAAUGCUUUUAGUAAUGCAGCCAUUGGCUUUAGGGGUGGGGGGUUGGGGACUAUUUCUGGUUAUGUGGUACUAAAUGAGUUAAGAUGCUAGGUUAUGUGGUACUAAAUGAGUAAAGAUGCUAGGUUAUGUGGUACUAAAUGAGUAAAGAUGCUAGGUUAUGUGGUACUAAAUGAGUAAAGAUGCUAGGUUAUGUGGAACUAAAUGAGUAAAGAUGCUCGGUGAUAAGUCCAGCUAAAAGGUGAAAUGAAUUACUAAGUUAUGUUCUUUUAGCCCUUUGAGCUAGAUUUUCUUGAUUAUACUACGUCGUACUGAUUUUAUUCACAGUGUGGUGCGUCAUAGAUAUUUACAACACAGAUACAUAUCUGAAUAUGUGUAUAUAUGACCAUCCUUUGUUCUUGCUUACAUUCAUGUAAAUACGUUUUACUUUGAUCUACUUAGUUUGUAUGGUGUUGAACCUUACCGCGUUACUUUACAUGCUUCUUAUUAAUACACUGUAUUUGUUAUCAUUGAGCUCUGUGGCUAUUCUCUUAUGAAUCUGCGUCGGUAUUAGUGUGUCAUACACGUGGACUAAAACAUUUCUGUAAUCAAUUUAAAACCAUAGAGGCUUAUGGCAUGUAACAGACAUUACAGGUUCAGACACUUUAACCUGAAAAUACUCAAAGUAACAAACUGAAAGUAGUUUUAGCGUUUAUGUAUAUAUAUAUAUGUGUAUGUGUCUGUGUCUGUGUGUGUGUGUGUAUGCAUAUAUAAUUUCAACACUGCUUGUAACAUGAUAUAUUCAUUAAGACUGUUACAUAAUUUGUAAAAUUUUAUUUUAUGUUCUCAAUAUCAAUUAAUGCUACAAAUAUUUCGAUUUUAGUGGAUGCCUCUAUUCACAUUUACUUUGGAUUUCAUCGCCACCGCAUUGAUGUGCAUCAACCAUGUGUGCAAGAAAAGUGAAAGUAAUGUCAUUGAAGCGAAGGCGGACGUAACGUCUACUGUUUAAUGUCACGACGUUCAGUGUUAUAACAUAAAUCUAUAAACUGACCUGUAAGCCCAGGUGCCCUGAGAAUGUGUGAUGAUUAUGAAUAUGUUAUGAUACUUUAUUUAAUUGUCCAGCUUUACUUUACCUAAUUUUGCACAUAAUGUAAAAGUAUUUUCAAAAUAUCGAUGAAUUAUAUAUGUACAUAUAAACAAGUAAUACACUUUCAACUUUAGCAUGUCUACCCGUACUUACAUAAUGCCAAAAUGAUCUCUUUUAAAUAAAUGUCAUUUGACACCAA